AUGUGUCUUUUAGUAUUAAGUCUAAUCAGUAUUUUUCCAAAUGAUAUCGCAAAUUUUUCUCAUAAGCAGUUGAACGAUUUUGAAAAAUAUGAAGUAAUUGAACAUUAUUGGGUACUUGAUAUCAACUUCAAGUUUCCGACUUGUGGCAAACGAAAUUUAAAAUUUCAGCAUUCUUGGUUGCGCUUAUUUGCAUGGUUGGUGUAUUCUGCUGCAGAAGACGGAGCUUACUGCCGUUAUUGUGUCUCAUUUGGAUCAAAUUUUGUUGGAAAAGGGAGUCAUCAGAGCUCAAAUAAGUUAGUGCAGACUGCGUUUCAAGAAUGGAAGAAAGCGCUCGAAAAAUUCAAAGAACACCAAACAAAAAAAUAUCACCUUGAUGCCAUGGAGGAUGGACAAAAUUUUAAAAUGAUUUACGAAAACCGGAAAUGUGAUGUGAUCAGCGAAAUUGACAAAGGACGGAAAAUACAGCAACUCGAAAACAGGAAAAAGUUAAUUCCGAUCAUCCGAGCAGUUUUGCUGUGUGGUAGGCAGGGAUUAGCAAUAAGGGGUCAUCGAGAUCAAGGACCUUUAUCAUUAAAAAUGCCACAAGAAAACGACGGAAAUUUCAGAGCGUUACUUCGUUAUUCCCUAAACAGCGGUGAUCAGGUUUUGGCCAAUCAUUUGAAUACUGCGGGUGCAAAUUCAAUGUAUUUAAGUUAUCGCAUUCAAAAUGAAAUAAUUGAUGCAGCAGGGAAACAAAUAACGACAAAUAUUGUGCAACGUGUAAACAAAUCUGGAUAUUUUUCUGUCAUUGCUGACGAAAGUACAGAUGUGAGUGGCAUUGAACAGUUUUCAAUAUGCGCUCGAUUUGUUGAUAAAAUUGACGAUGAUUAUAUUAUUCGAGAAGACUUUUUGUGUUUUAUUCCUGUUGAGGACGUUACCGGAAAGGGGCUUGCGAAUACGCUGUUGACCAAGAUGAAGUACAUUGGCAUAAACCUGGUUAAUAUGAGAGGACAAGGCUAUGAUGGAGCGCGAGCAAUGAGCGGAAAAUUCAACGGAUGUGCUGCCAAAGUUCGAGAAUUAUAUCCAGAAGCUAUUUACGUCCACUGCGCUAAUCAUAAUUUGAAUUUAGCCAUUACACACGCGUGUAAAAUACCAGCCAUCCGAAAUUGCAUUGGUACAAUUAAAGAGGUUGUAAAUUUAUUUCGCCUAUCUAAUAAGGCAGGUCUAGUUUUGAAAAACAAAAUUCAACAGUCUUGCCCAAAUUUUGUUUAA